CGCCUGUGGAAAAAUAAUCCAACGAAAACGUAGUUCCAUUACAGAGACUGAGUGAACUUGUCGGGGAAGAUCUAUCGGGGAAGAAUUGGUGAUGGAAGAAAGAGAAGAACACAGAGAAUUUUACCCGCCUGAACAGACGAUACACUCAAUUAAAGAAAAGAUGGGAACAAGCAUGAAAGAAAUCAUCUGCUUGUUUCUUCUGUGUUUUUUGGUGGAGAACACCUUCGCCUUGUCCCCGGUUGUUGCGCCAAAAAGUGAGUCCACGGUGCCGAAGACUAGUAAUCCGUCAUCCAAAUGGAUCGGGGCAGAAAAGACCAUGCGAGAAUAUCAUGCUGCCGAGGUCGCAGGUGGAAAAGAUGCAUUUGGUUCGAAGACUUCAGAUGAGAACAACGUUGACGAUAAUGUUGAUCGUUCUUCCUUCUGGAGUGAUGAAAACUUUAUAACAUACAGCAUUGGAGAGAACAAUGCUGGAAUAGACGCGACAUAUCUUCCAAAGAACGGAAACAGCAUCUUCGAAAGCCGAUCUUCCGUUGUGACAGGAGAAGAAUGCCGUUUUAUUGUCGAAGAAGCACGGGAGACCAUUGUGCAGGGAUUGAUUGACGAACGGCAGCAAUCCGAUGACAACGAACCACCGGAGGACCGUCGAGUGAAUGCAAUCAGCAACAGCCAGCUGGGAGAAGCCAGACUCUCUCGCAUGCCAAAAACACGAGCCUGGUUGAAAGAAGCACUCCAGACCCGUUUCUAUCCACUUUUGAAGAAUCGAUUCGGGGUGGACGACAUCGUGUUGUACGACGGACUCGUGCUGGGAAACCUUGCCCCGACGAUGUCACAACCCAUCCAUCGGGAUGCCUCUUUGCUGACCAUCAAUGUUGCUCUGAGCGCCCUCGACGAUUACGAAGGCGGUGGAACCUACAUCGAAGCUCUCGACGAGGUACUCACCAUCGACCAAGGCCACUUGCUCUGCCAUGCCGGGAGUGCCAUGCACGCGGGAAACGCCAUAAGCAAGGGGGAACGGUGGGUUUUUGUGCUGUUUCUGCUAGGAGAACAACACCCCCAGUUGGCGCGGCGGUGUCACGCCGAAGCGAUCGAGCACACCCGCCGACAAGAGCUCGACGAGGCCGAAGCAGUCUUGCAGACAGGCCUGAAAAGCAUCGCUCCCAACCACGAUCACUUGUUGCACAACACCAUGGGAAGAUUGCACAUGAUGAAGGGAGAACACAGCAAGGCAUUCCGGAGUUUCCAGAACGCCGACUCCGCCUACCCGAUCUGCCAAAACGCCAUGGUGUCCAUGGCGCAACUCUUGGUGGACCGGAGGCGCCCGCGGGCGGCACUCCGCCGGUUCGAUACCGUCCUCGAGCGCAUCGGCGACCGCGACCUGGAUCCGAGCGGCCCCGCGCAGCUCUCGCAGAAAUCCCUGGCAUACGGGGCAAGGAGAGACGCGGCACGGUGUGCACUGGUCUGCGCCGAUCACCUCUACCGAAGCCAGGUUGCGGAGCAGGAAGCAGAAGCCUCGCCGCCAACCCAGUCGACCUCGACGUGGGAGCUCUGGACCCUUCGCCAUCUGCCGACAGCGAUACAACGAUUGAAAACCUGCCUGGCCGCGGCCCCCAACGAGCCAACCCUACUGGGAAUGCUGAACCGCGCCGAAUUUUUGCUGGCCGAAGCCGAGCCGCAGCAGAAACCAUAAGAGUCUCGCAUCGGUUCCGAAACGAGGCAACACGGUCCUUGUCCUCGUCCUCGUCCUCUCCCGACUACGACCGUGACCGGUAGGAACUCCACCUGCACAUCUUCGGACCCAACGACUCACGAUUCGAAAAUUCAAUAAAAAGUUGUGCUAUUU